CUUUAAAAAUGUUGUUACGGAUACUCACAUUUCUUGCUGUUUGCCAAGUGACUACCUCUCACAAAAUCCUGAUGUUCUCGCCAACUGCAAGCAAGUCACAUAUGAUCUCACAGGGAAGAAUCGCAGAUGAGUUGGCGAAUGCUGGACACGAGGUUGUGAAUUUCGAGCCAGAUUUUUUGAAUUUAACAGACAAAUUUGUGCCAUGCAAAAAGUGUAGAAGAUGGCCAGUUACUGGAUUGAAUAACUAUAAGUUCAAGAAAAUUCAAAAUGGGUUAUCUGGAGACGUAUUCCAACAAUCUUCAAUUUGGAGCAAAAUUUUCAAUACGGAUAGUGAUCCAUAUCAGGAUGAAUACACAAAUAUGUGCGAAGAAAUGGUAACGAACAAAGAACUUAUCGAAAAACUGAAAAAAGAAAAGUUCGAUGCAUAUUUCGGUGAGCAGAUUCAUUUGUGUGGAAUGGGGUUGGCUCAUCUUAUAGGCAUCAAGCACAGGUUUUGGAUUGCCAGUUGCACAAUGAGCGUUAGUAUGCGUGAUAGUCUCGGAAUUCCAACGCCGUCCAGCUUGAUACCCUUCAUGUCAACAUUGGACGCUACCCCGGCUCCAUUCUGGCAAAGAGCCAAGAACUUUGUGCUCCAAAUGGCACAUAUUAGAGACGAAUAUAGGGAUGUUGUACUGACAAACGAUAUGUUUAAAAAGAACUUUGGAUCUGACUUCCCAUGUGUCGAAUUCUUGGCAAAAACUUCUGAUCUUAUAUUUGUUUCAACAGAUGAACUUUUGGAAAUUCAAGCUCCCACUCUUUCGAAUGUUGUACACAUCGGAGGGCUUGGCUUGUCAAGUGAAGGAGGUGGCUUGGACGAGAAAUUUGUGAAAAUUAUGGAAAAAGGAAAAGGAGUGAUUUUAUUCUCAUUGGGGACAAUUGCCAACACUACUAAUCUACCACCAACUAUCAUGGAAAACUUAAUGAAGAUCACUCAAAAAUUCAAAGAUUAUGAGUUCAUAAUUAAAGUUGACAAGUUUGAUAGAAGAAGUUUUGAUCUUGCUGAGGGACUCUCAAAUGUCCUCGUCGUGGAUUGGGUUCCCCAAACCGCAGUUCUUGCUCAUCCAAGACUGAAAGCAUUCAUCACACAUGCUGGUUACAACAGUUUGAUGGAAUCUGCCUAUGCAGGUGUUCCAGUUAUUCUUAUUCCAUUUAUGUUUGAUCAACCAAGAAAUGGACGGUCUGUCGAGAGAAAAGGAUGGGGAAUUCUGAGAGAUAGGUUCCAGUUGAUUAAAGAUCCAGAUGCGAUUGAGGGAGCUAUCAAGGAGAUUCUCGUUAAUCCAACAUACCAAGAAAAAGCAAACCGUCUGAAAAAGUUGAUGCGUAGCAAGCCUCAAUCGGCAUCUGAAAGACUGGUUAAAAUGACAAAUUGGGUGCUGGAAAACGACGGUGUAGAAGAAUUGCAAUACGAGGGAAAACAUAUGGACUUUUUCACAUUUUACAAUCUUGAUAUCAUUAUUACUGCAGCUUCGAUCCCAGUUUUAAUUUUUAUUGUUCUUCGAAUUUCAAACAUUAGUAUUAUUACGAGUAGCCCAAAAAAUAAGAAAGAUUAGGUAAAUUAUUGUUAAUUAAUAAAUGGUAAAAAAAAU